GCUCGGGGCUCGCGGGGAGCGUCGUGGGGGCGGGGACUCGGACCUGGGCUGGCGGUGCUCGGGCGUCAGACGCCCUCCGGUUCCCAGCCGCUUCCCCUGCGGCCUCCCGAUCUCUUCUAGAGGGUUCUAGCCCUCGGCCAGCAGCGGGCCGGGGACCCUGGGUCUGGGCCAGGAGCGAGGGGAGCCGCCGGGCCCAGCUCCCUGCUUGCUGUCCGCCUUCCCGGAGAGCCAGUGCCAGCCGUGGGGCGUCAUGAGCGUGGGCUUCAUUGGAGCUGGCCAGCUGGCCUUUGCCCUGGCUAAGGGCUUCACCGCAGCAGGUGUCUUGGCUGCACACAAGAUAAUGGCCAGUUCCCCAGACAUGAACCUCACCACUGUUUCUGCACUCAGGAAGAUGGGAGUGAGCCUCACGCCCCACAACAAGGAGACGGUGCGGCACAGCGACGUGCUCUUCCUGGCCGUGAAGCCUCACAUCAUCCCCUUCAUCCUGGAUGAGAUCGCGGCCGACAUCGAGGACAGGCACGUCGUGGUGUCCUGCGCGGCCGGCGUCACCAUCCACUCCAUCGAGAAGAAGCUGGCGGCGUUUCGGCCAGCCCCCAAGGUCAUCCGCUGCAUGACCAACACCCCCGUUGUGGUGCGGGAAGGGGUCACCGUGUACGCCACGGGCACGCACGCCCAGCUGGAGGAUGGCAGACUGGUGGAGCAGCUCUUAGGCAGCGUGGGCUUCUGCACGGAGGUGGAGGAGGAUCUGAUCGACGCCGUCACGGGGCUCAGCGGAAGCUGCCCCGCCUACGCCUUCACCGCCCUGGACGCCCUGGCUGACGGCGGCGUGAAGAUGGGGCUUCCGAGACGCCUGGCGGUUCGCCUCGGAGCCCAGGCUCUUCUGGGAGCCGCCAAGAUGCUGUUGGACUCAGAACAGCACCCAGGCCAGCUCAAGGACAACGUCUGCUCUCCCGGCGGGGCCACCAUCCACGCCUUGCACGUGCUGGAGAGUGGGGGCUUCCGUUCCCUGCUCAUCAAUGCUGUGGAGGCCUCCUGCAUCCGCACAAGGGAGCUGCAGGCCAUGGCUGACCAGGAGACUGUUUCCCCGGCCGCCAUCAAGAAGACUGUUCUGAACAAGGUGAAGAUGGACUCGUCUUCGGGAGCCUCUGUGUCCGCCUCUGGCCCCACCGGGCCACCGCCCCGCAGCCUAGCUCCCGCAGCCACGGACUGAGGGCAGCCUCAGCCUGUGUUCCUCUCUUUUCCUGGCCGUCCUGGGGUUUGAACUCAGAGCCCCGUUCGUGCAUGGCAAGGGGUCCACCCCAUGCCUCCAAUCCUGUUUGAUUUUAUUGGUUUGUUUCUGUCCUGGGCUUGAACUCGGACGAUGCUCCUGAGCUCCUCGGCUCAAGGCCUGCACUCUACCACUUCGAGCCAGAGCAUCACUUCCAG